GUGAGUUUGUUGAAAAUAUUCACAACCUUGGAGCCCAGAUUUCGCUGUUCGACCCCUUCACUCCCACUCAACUUUCGCCAGUCCUACCAGGGCUGCGUCACGCUGUUAGGCUGAGAUUUGUAACAUGUAAUCGUGCCGCAGUAAUGCGAUUGGCGAACACUAUACUUCGAGAUGUGAAGCCAAAACUCUUUAACCUCUAUCCUCGAUGUAGUCCACCACUUUGGCUCUCUCCACCAUGCCUACGACGUACUCUAUUACCUAGCAAGAAUGCUACCCGGCGCUAUGCCUCGGCCUUGUCGUUGAAGAAAUCCGAGGACCCCCUCGAUUUACUCUUAUCGGGGUUAUAUAACGAUUCUCCAGGGGCCCAAAAAGUCCCUGCGCAGCAGCCACAGUCAGGCGCUUCGCUUAUACAAGACGCAAAGUUGUUCGCCAAAUGGAAGCUACUACUAACUAACCCCUACCGCCUAUCCGUCGAAUCCGACUUCUUUCGACGGGGACCCGCUAAGGAAUGGCAUAGCCAGCUGCUGGUGGACGAAUUCGAAAAUCGAGGUGAUCUCGCCUUAUGGAGUUGUCUCUUAGAUUACCAAAAGAGAACCAAUGGGGAUGUUGGGGUUCAUAACGUCUGGAGGGGCCUCUGGGGGCGCAAGUUCUUAUAUGAUGUCCAGAAUCCCCUUGCGGCGGUCUUUUGGCAAACAAUUCUAGAGGCCGCUGUAAGAUCGAACGACGAAAAGUUCUUACCGAGUGUCUGGAUCUACAGCGAGUGGAUGUAUGACGUACAUCAGGUUAAGUGGCCACGCCUUUAUUUAACAAUGCUGUCGCAUUUUUUACGGACUCAUCAACAUCACCAGGCCUUGAAGUGGCAUUUGCGGCUAGUUUACAACUUCUAUCCCGGCGCAGAGGAGUUUGCGAGUCUGAUGAAGGAGUUUGCGCCUGACCGGAAAUUAUAUGAACAUUUCACUCUCGAAUCUCUCUAUAUCACAAGUCCGGACCACAAACUGUAUGAUAUUCUCAUCCCAUAUCUGUACGAAAUGGGCGAAUCCCAGUUAGCAACAAAAUGGCGUCGAAUAUGUACUCGACACGAUGAUUUACCUCAGGCGCAUGUCCCUGCUCGACCUUUUCUCAGGUUUUUCCAGGGUUACUUUCCACAUCAACGACUGUUCCCCGGAGAAUCCGCUGCCGUUAGCGAUUCUGAGUCCGAGUCCGCGGAAAAUCCCGAGCAGGUUGAAUUAUCCCGAGAAUUUGUCAAUCGUGUACACGGCGGGACUUUUGGUAUUAGUGUCAAGAACUACAACGACGGCCUGGGGGCCAAAUGGCUUGCCAGUUCUUGGAUAGGCUUAGACAUAGCGAUAUCAACCAUCUCGGCUUUGGGUAUCCAACAAAUUGGGCCGCUUUCAUUACAAUCGAUCGCUUUGAGAGAAGGCACAUCGGAGGGGGUGUUGAGACGCAUCAAGCAACUACGAGAACAUGGUAUUUCGGUCGUCGAUUCAAAUUAUUAUCGACUGGUGCUUUAUUUGGCCAAGAUCAGAGACGACCAACUACUCCUCGAUCUAUUGAAAAGCGAUCUCCACCCAGUGGUAUUCGACGAUGUGCAACUACUAAGACGCCUCGCCUUUUCUACAGCUAAAUCAGAGGAGUGGCGGACGCAUCGACUUAUGUUAGCUACGAGCCUAAUCGUAAUGGAGAGGUCCGCACGGGAAGUAGCCAACACUGUUGCCCGUGUUUACAUUUUAGAGAAAAAGCAAAAGGGGCUUUUGAAAGUCCUGACUGAUAUGAAGAAUAUGAAACUCCCCAUUAACUUGGAUUUGACGAAUAUGCUUUUCGACGAUUUUGUCAACGAAGCUAAGUCUACAUAUCUUCCGUCGAGUACUCUCCAGUUUUAUCUACCUGUUUAUCGGCAGCUGGUAUCUAUGGAGGUUCCCGUUCCAAUCCGUUGUUGGAGGAAGGCCGUAUUCUCUCUUACUCGGCAGAGCAGACUCGACAGCCUAGAAGAACUUUGCAUCGAAUUGGUCGAUUUAUUUACCUCCUCACACUCUUCUCGUCCAGGCUUUGUGCCCGUACACCCUGAAGAUAUACCAGAUCCCAUACAGAAGCCGCUUUCAGGCGUGGAGAACCUCCUGGGUGUAUACAUCCCAUUAGACCUACCAACUGAAACACCGCAGCAUCCAUUGCGACGGAUAUUCGAUACCAAGCUCUUAGGGACCAUGGUACGCUAUUCUUUCAAUUCCACCGUGAAUAGGAAAAGUAAACAGCCCAUCGGCAUGCUAGCUCGCCAGCGGCAAUCCAGUGAAUACUCCGGUGCUCGGUGUGUCAGGCUGAUGCGGAUACUCCACAACCGGGGCAUGUUCAUAGACAAGAAUCACCUGGCCACUUGGGUUAAGCUACGCCUCACUAUAUUAUACGGUCCUGGGGUGCCGUCGAACAGGACUUUGCAGAUUGUCAGAGGGAAAAACAACAUGACGUUGACAGAGAUGAAGUCCAUCAUCGACGAAGCGUGGGGGGAAGAACUUCUUCCCCCAAUCGAGGAGUUGUGGGCGGAGAUAGAAAAACGUAGCCGGAGAAUAAUGCAGUAUAACCCGGGGUACUUGCAGGACGUAGGGCAGACGACGCCUCAGCUUCGCGUCGUCUUAUGAGCAGCGCUUCGCCGUGUAUACUACUGUACAUUUGUUGCAUAUACUACAACAUACAUAGCAUUGAGAUACCCGGGGGUUUUCGGUGGAAAAAACUAUAGAGAGAUGGGGAAAAGGGCAUCAUCUUCCCGGCAAUAUAUGGAAUUAAAAUUUAAGUAAACCUGUGCUCUGCUUGCUGUGUUUGUUAUGUUUUUUUUGAUACAUGGACCUUUUGUUUGAUGUCCCUUUGCCCAUUCCCCCUUCCCCUUCGCUUGUGCCCAACCCGAGUCGUCGUUUUAACAUCUAAGUAGUACGAAUGGCUCGAUGGACAUGACCCGAA